AUGGCCUACCGGGCGCCUCCAGGCACCUCGUCCUCCUCCAACUCUCUUCCUGCGAGACCCCCCGCCCCCGCGGGGGGCAGCGGCUUCAAGCCCGCGUUUGGCACGGCCGGCGCAAACGGUGGCGGCGCGAACGCCUACUCCAACGCCACCCAGUACGGCCCCUCGAGCCACUACUCUUCGCAGACGCAGUAUGGCGCUUCCGCGAGCGGCCGAUACGCCCCCAGCACGGGCCAGUAUGGCUCGUCGUCGUCCUAUCCGAGCUAUCCCGGCGCGCCAGGCACCGGAGUGAGCUCCGGCUCGCAGGGCGGCUACUCGUCGUACCCCGGACACACGCAGCAGCAGGCUCCGAGCUACGGCAUCCAGGCCCCCGCGUACGGGGCGUCAUACGCAGCCGCGCCCCAGAUUCAGAAUCCCUUCCCCGCGCCCGGCACCGGCUUCGACGUGUCCGAGGCCGCGCAGAUUGCCGAAUGGCAGAGCGCCUACGGCGCGGCGCCGCAGCUUGGCAAGGAUGGCAAGCCCGUUGCGACCAACGCGACCGACUCUCCCAGGCCCGACGCCGCGGCCGCCGCGGCCGCUGCCAACACCAACCCCGACAAGAAGAAGACUGUCGUGCGCUCCGGCGGUGGCAAGACGUGGACGGACGAUUCCCUCCUCGAGUGGGACCCGAAUCACAUGCGCAUCUUUGUCGGCAACCUCGCCGGCGAGACCACGGACGAGUCCCUCCUCAAGGCCUUUUCGCGCUGGAAGUCGGUCCAGAAGGCCCGCGUCAUCCGCGACAAGCGCAGCACAAAAUCCAAGGGCUACGGCUUCGUCAGCUUCGCCGACGCCGACGACUUCUUCCAGGCCGCCAAGGAGAUGAACGGCAAGUACAUCCAGAGCCACCCCGUUGUCGUCAAGAAGGCAAACACGGACAUCAAGGCCACCAGCGCCCGCGAUCGCGGCAAGGGCGGCUACCACAACAACAAGGGCGGCAAGAACAACAAGAACAAGUCGGGCAACCAGUCGGGCGGAGGCGGCGGCGGAUACGAGCCCAGCCUCGGCCCCGUGCCGGGCGCCGGUGUCACCAAGCCUGGACAGAAGACCAAGAACGGCCUCCGCCUACUUGGCUGA